GGCGGCUCCGGGGCAGCUGUGGGGCAGCCCCACAACCGCCCUGCCCCACAGGUGCGCGUGUGGGUGUUCCCCGAGGGCACGCGCAACCACAGCGGCUCCAUGCUGCCCUUCAAGCGCGGCGCCUUCCACCUGGCCGUGCAGGCCCAGGUUCCCCCCGUGGCUGUGGGUCUGGGGUCUCUGUGGGUCUGGGGUCCCGGUGUCCGGGCUGACCCCUCCCCAGGGCAGUGCGUGAUCCAGGUGCUGCCGCCGCUGCCCACGCGGGGCCUGGGCCCGGCCGACGUCCCGGCGCUGACGGAGCGCGUGCGCGGCGCCAUGCUGCGCGCCUUCGAGGCGCUCUCGGCCGAGCUGCGCGCGCCGCCCGCGGGGCCGGACACCAGGGGUGACCCCGGGAGUGACCACGGGAGUGACCAACCGAGUGACCAACGGAGUGACCACGGGAGUGACCAGCACAGCGCGCCGCCCGCGGGGCCGGACCCCCGGGGUGACCCGAGGGGUGACCAGCUGAGUGACCAGGGGAGUGACCACGGGAGUGACCAGCCGAGUGACCAACGGAGUGACCCACGGAGUGACCACGGGAGUGACCCACGGAGUGACCAGCACAGUGCGCCGCCCGCGGGGCCGGACACGAGCGGUGACCAGGGGAGUGACCCACGGAGUGACCACGGGAGUGACCAGGGGAGGGACCCACGGAGUGACCACGGGAGUGACCACAGGAGUGACCCACGGAGUGACCCACGGAGUGACCAGGGGAGUGACCAGCUGAGUGAGCACGGGAGUGACCCCUGGAGUGACCAGCACAGCGCCCCACCCGCGCCAAGUGACCAGCGGGGUGACCCCUCGAGUGACCAACAGAGUGACCAUCAGAGUGACCAGCACAGCCCCACAACCACCCUGAGUGACCAACGGAGUGACCAGGGGAGUGACCCACGGAGUGACCACAGGAGUGACCAGCACAGCACCCCGCCCGCGGGGCCGGACACGAGGGGUGACCAGAGGGGUGACCCACGGAGUGACCAGGGGAGUGACCCAUGGAGUGACCAGCCAAGUGACCAACGGAGUGACCAAUGGAGUGACCAACAGAGUGACCCACGGAGUGACCACGGGAGUGACCAACGGAGUGACCAACGGGGUGACCAGCCGAGUGACCAACGGAGUGACCAACGGGGUGACCAGGGGAGUGACCACGGGAGUGACCAACGGAGUGACCAACGGGGUGACCAGGGGAGUGACCACGGGAGUGACCAGGGGAGUGACCAGGGGAGUGACCAACGGAGUGACCCACUGAGUGACCACGGGAGUGACCAACGGAGUGACCAACGGAGUGACCAGGGGAGUGACCCACGGAGUGACCAACGGAGUGACCAGGGGAGUGACCAACGGAGUGACCCAUGGGGUGACCCACGGAGUGACCCACGGAGUGACCACGGGAGUGACCAACGGGGUGACCAGGGGAGUGACCAGGGCAGUGACCCACGGAGUGACCCACGGAGUGACCAGGGGAGUGACCACGGGAGUGACCAGCCGAGUGACCAACGGAGUGACCAGGGGAGUGACCAGCACAGCGCCCCGCCCACGCCCCCUGACCAACGGAGUGACCACGGGAGUGACCCACGGAGUGACCAGCAGAGUGACCCCCGGAGUGACCAGCACAGCCCCACAACCACCCUGAGUGACCAACGGAGCCCCCCAAGCCUGAGUGACCCCCGGAGUGACCAUCAGAGUGACCCCCGGAGUGACCCCCGGAGUGACCCCCAGAGUGACCAUCAGAGUGACCAACAGAGUGACCCCCGGAGUGACCCCCGGAGUGACCAGCGCAGCCCCACGGCCGCCCGGAGUGACCCACAGCGUCCAGUGGUGACCCGGAGUGACCCCAGAGCCGCCCGGAGUGACCCCCGGCACCCCACGGACCCCUGGGGUGACCCCCAGUGUCUGGCAGUGACCCACGGGGGGACCCCGCAGUGACCCCCGGCCCUGCAGCCCCCCGGGGGACCCGGCUGUGGGGCAGGGACUGACCCCCAAGUGGGGAGAGUGACCCCCAAGUGGGGACAGAGUGACCCCUGAGAGGGGCAGGAGCUGAGCCACGAGUGGGGCCUGGACUGACCCCCAAGUGGGGACAAACUGACCCCUAAGUGGAGCCUGGACUGACCCCCAAGUGGGAACAAACUGACCCCAAGUGGGGACAAACUGACCCCCAAGUGGGGACAAACUGACCCCCAAGUGGGGCCCGGACUGACCCCCAAGUGGGGCCUGGACUGACCCAUGGCAGGAUGUGGGGCUGACCCCCAAGUGCGGCCACAACUGACCCCUAAGAGGGGCAGGAACUGACCCCCAAGUGGGGCCCGGACUGACCCAUGGCAGGAUGUGGGGCUGA